AUGGAGCGUAAUUGCGGACACCAAGAUGUGACUGUGCUCGCAAUAUUCAACGAGCUGCAGGCUGAUGUGGAUCUAUACGCGCUGCUGUUUGGGGAAAGUGUUCUCAAUGAUGCUGUUGCCAUUGUCCUGUCUUCAUCGAUUGUGGCCUAUCAGCCUGAAGGAGUUAAUGCUCACAACUUUGAUGUGGCUGCCAUGUUCAAGUCAUUUGGAUUAUUUCUUGGAAUAUUCAGUGGAUCAUUUGCUCUGGGAUCAGCCACUGGCAUGGUUACUGCCCUGGUUACAAAAUUCACCAGACUCCGAGAUUUUCAGUUGCUGGAGACAGCCCUUUUUUUCCUGAUGUCAUGGAGUACCUUCCUAUUGGCUGAAGCAUGUGGUUUCACAGGCGUGGUGGCUGUCCUGUUCUGUGGGAUCACUCAAGCUCACUACACUUACAACAACCUCUCUCCGGAAUCGAAGCUCCGCACUAAACAGUUGUUUGAGCUCCUCAAUUUCUUAGCAGAAAAUUUCAUCUUUUCCUACAUGGGGUUGGCACUGUUUACCUUCGAAAGCCAUGUCUUCAAUCCCAUCUUCAUCAUUACAGCCUUUCUUGCUGUAUUCCUCGGCAGAGCUGCUAACAUUUACCCACUAUCCUUUCUCCUGAACCUGGGCCGAAGGAACAAGAUUGGGUCCAAUCUGCAGCACAUGAUGAUGUUUGCUGGUUUGAGGGGGGCAAUGGCGUUUGCAUUGGCCAUUCGAGACACUGCGACCUAUGCACGUCAAAUGAUGUUCAGUACCACUCUCCUCAUUGUCUUCUUCACUGUCUGGGUCUUCGGUGGAGGAACAACACCAAUGUUAUCCUGGCUUCAAAUCAGAGUAAAGAAGGAUAUCCUGUUUCUACUAGUUGGUACAUCAGUAACUGGGGAUCACAAUUUCAAUAUUGUCAACAAGACAACCAGGACAAAUGCAUACCCAGUCGAACAUGUCAGUCCAGCUGACCUGGGAGUCAGUCUGGUGAAGGUUGGUCCAGAAGGGGAGAGAAGGAACACUAAAGCCGAGAGUGCCUGGCUGUUCCAGCUGUGGUACACAUUCGAUCACAAUUAUUUGAAGCCAAUAUUAACACACAGUGGCCCCCCCCUCACCAGCACGUUGCCCAGCUGCUGUGGCCCAGUUGCCAGGCUCCUGACCAGCCCCCUGGCCUAUGAGAACCAGGAGCAGCUGAAGGAUGAUGAUGAUUCUGAGCUGAUUCUAAACGAUGGUGAUAUCAGUUUGUCAUUUGGAGACUCAACCUUGGUUACGACUGACUCCAGCUACAACAGUAGUUCUGAUCACAGGAACCUCACUCAGAGUCUGGAAGAUGCUCAGGAACAGGAUCAGGCCUGUGGAGGGCAUGAGCUGGUGAUUCGAGGGUCUCACCUGGUCGUCCCAGUGAAAGAUACUGAACCUACCCUGAAUCUAAAGCUGACUGAGAACUCAGGGCCUCAGCUGCUGUAAGCUGCCAAUCAGUGUUUCAUUGAUCCUGUGUGUAACUUCUGCCUCGAUCUAUAUCGUCUGCUCUGCUGUGAUUGCACCAUUCACUUCAAAUAUUCUCCAGAUUUGUAAGGGCUGCUGUUUAAUCUACUUUGAGUUCUGGUGAAGGAUUGAACAUUACUCAUAAGCAGAGAUGAUUUGCUGUAUUUAUUGAUAUGAAUCAGUUAUAUUUAAGACAUACUGGGUGUCCAUUCAGUUCCUUAUUAAAUAAUCUGCCUUAUCACACAUAAUAUUA